AUGUAUCAACAACCACCACCACCUCCUCCAAAUAAUAACAAAAAUAACAAUGUACCUGUUUAUCAAACAUAUUAUCCACAACAUUCACCAUGGUCCAGACUUGUUAUACGAUCAGAACAAAAUGGUCAAAUGGAAGGUUAUAGGCCACCAAGAGAAGACAUUAAUUCACCUGAUUUAUACAUACCAGCAAUGGCAUUUGUAACUUAUGUAUUAUUAACUGGAAUUGUUGCUGGAACUAAACACAAAUUUCAUCCUGAAGUUUUAGGAAUAAAUGCCACAACUGGAUUACUCUUGGUGAUAUUGGAGUUACUAUUUAUUAAAAUUGGUUGUUAUUUAUUGAAUAUUACUUCUGAAACACAAUUUUUAGAUUUUCUUUCAUAUUCUGGUUAUAAAUUUAUUGGGUCUCUUCGAUAUGUUGUUUUCCCAGAUUCAACAAAUACAGUUCAAGUUCCUCAACGAAAAAGAAGAAUUCAUUUCCUUUUUGUUGUUUCUGCUUUACAAAAUGUUAAAAAAGAAGAAAAAUCAAAAACCAUAUCCUCAAGUCCAUCAGAAAUGUCAGGAACAGAAACGGAGUUGUCCGUUGGUGAAUUUGUUCAAACCGCUAAAGUUGUUCUGCCUACGAAAGUAAAGAAGGCAAACCAAGCAAUUAAUAAAUGGGAUAUCAAAACUCUCAUUAAUUUUUUGCAAGGGCGAGAUUUAAAACUUAAUGAUAAACGUUUUAAAAUAAUCGACAAAGAACAGACUGUUGGUGUUAUUAAAGUAUGGAAUAAACUGGACUCCGCAUUCAAACCACCAGAUAACGACAAAGAGUUACAGCGGUGCAUAAAUCCAGAAUGGGAACAUAGGUCCAAUAACGAAGCCUUCAAAGACAUGGGCGACGAGGAAACAGGUUUAUACCAGACAAAUAAGAGAAAACGAAAAGUGAAUGAGGCAUUUGACGAAGAAUUGUAA